UUCCCAAAUUCAUAGCUUUUCCAUACAGAACACACUGGCAUGGCAGCCACAGGAAGUGUUGCAGGCCCUGAAGAAUUUUCCAUUCCCAUGCAAGGCAAAGAAGUUAGGACUGAGUACACCUUCAAAGUCAGUUCACUCUCUGACACCAUCAGACAUUAAACUUGUGGCAGCCAUUGGCAACCUGGGAACUCCUCCAGACUCUGGCAUGGUCUCCAUGAAGAAAACUCAAAGCAUUGAGAACGAACCACAGCAUGCGUGCAUGGAAGUCAUGACAGUCCUUUCAGAUAUCAUCAGACAUUUCAACCCUUCUGUUCUGAUGCCCACGUGCUCUCCUGGGAAGAGCGGUGCAGCCCACAAUAUGGUUGAAGACUUGUGGAUGCAAGCUAAAGAGCUGGUGAGACAUUUGAAAGAGAACCCGCAACUUGACUUUGAGAAUGACUGGAAACUCAUUACUGUGUUCUUCAGUAACACAAGCCAGUGUCACCUGUGUCCCUCUGCUCAGCAGAAAAGACAUUUGAUGAGGAACAUGGAAAAGCUGUGUGAGAUACUGGAUUACCUGCACCAGGAGGUCCCCAGAGCAUUUGUGAAUUUGGUGGAUCUCUCUGAGGUUUUGGCCAUGUCUCAUCACCAUCAAGAGACUGGGUUCAGCCCUAUACCAGAGCUUUGCCAUUGCUCAGAGGAUACCACGAAGUUGUCCAAGGCUGUCAUGCAGUGGUCCUAUCAGGAAACCUGGGAAGGUCUCCUGGCCUCCAGCAAGUUCAACAAGCAUGAGUCCUUCACAGUGGUUUUCCAGCCUUUCUUCUAUGAGGUAGAACCACCUUCGGAGGAGAGGUCUGCACCCCAGGAUCCCAGCACACUUGCCCUCAGGAUCUGGAAUAACAUGAUGAAACCAGUGGGCCACAAAGAUGAGCUAAUUGAUACACUUGAGAGGAAGAUGAUGAAAUGUCCGUCUCAGGAGAGUCCCUAUCUGUUUACCUAUAGAAACAGCAACUACCAGGCCAAAACGUUGAAACCCAUUGCAAAGCUUCAGGUGAGAGAAGGCACAGAAUUCAGCUGUUCUGACAAGGACCCCUCGGACACAGUCCCCACAACAGUUCACAGGCUGAGACCAGCUGACAUCAAGGUGAUCGGGGCAAUGGGUGACUCUCUCACGGCAGGCAAUGGGGCUGGGGCCAAGCCUGGGAAUGUCUUGGAUGUUCUAACUCAAUACCGAGGCCUGUCCUGGAGCGUUGGAGGAGAUGAGAACAUCAGGACCGUGACCACGCUGGCCAACAUCCUCCGAGAAUUCAACCCCUCCUUGAAGGGCUUCUCUGUUGGCACGGGGAAAGAAAACACUGCCAAAGCAUCCUUCAACCAAGCCGUAGCAGGAGCCAAAGCUGAAGACUUAGUUUCCCAGGCCCAAAAGCUGGUGAGCUUGAUGAAGGCAGACAAGACAAUAAACUUUCAGGAGGACUGGAAGAUAAUCACUGUGUUUAUAGGAGGCAAUGACCUCUGUGCUUCUUGCAAUGACCUGGUUCACUAUUCUCCCCAAAACUUCACAGACAACAUCAAGAAGGCCCUGGACAUCCUCCAUGCAGAGGUUCCCCGGGCCUUUGUGAACAUGGUGGAAGUGAUUCAGAUCAUCGGCCUGAGGGAACUGUACAAAGAAACUCAAGUCAGCUGCCCACGGUUGAUCCUCAGGAACCUGUGUCCUUGUGUCCUGAAGUUUGAGGAUAACUCAGCAGAAUUUGUUGCCCUGGUUGAAAGGAACAGGCAGUAUCAGAAAGGAACUGAACAGCUAAUCAAAAGUGGGCGAUACGACACCAGGGAUGAUUUCACUGUGGUUCUCCAGCCAUUCUUUGAAAAUGUAGCCGUGCCACGGACCCCGGAGGGCUUACCCGACAACUCCUUCUUUGCCCCUGACUGUUUCCACUUUAGUGGCAAGACUCAUGCCCGCUCAGCCAUUGCCCUCUGGAGGAACAUGCUGGAACCUGUUGGCCACAAGACAAGACAAUAUGAUUUUGAAAACAAGAUGCCUAUCAUGUGUCCGAACCAGACCUUACCAUUUCUGAGCACCUACAAGAACAGCAACCAGGGUUAUGGAACCUGGACAUUAUGCAAGGACAAAGCCCCUUCUGCCUCACCACCAACCUCAGUGCAUGCCCUGAGACCUGCGGACAUCCAAGUUGUGGCAGCUCUGGGAGGCUCUCUGACCGCUGGCAAUGGAAUUAGCUCCCCAGAAGGUGAUCUCUCCGAUGUCAACACACAAUAUCGAGGACUUUCAUAUAGUGCUGGUGGAGAUGAGUCCCUAGAGAAUGUGACCACCUUGCCCAACAUUCUACGGGAAUUUAAUGGAAACCUCACAGGCUAUGCAGUAGGCAUCGGUGACGUCAAUUCUACAAAUGCAUUCCUUAACCAGGCUGUUCCUAGGGCGAAAGCUGAGAACCUUGCAAGCCAAGUCCAGAUUCUGGUUCAGAAGAUGAAGAAUGACCAGAGAGUGAACUUCCUCCAAGACUGGAAGGUCAUCACAGUCAUGAUCGGGGCCAGUGACUUGUGUGACUUCUGCACGGAUUCGAAUCGGUACUCUGCAGCCAACUUUCUUGACCAUCUCCGCAAUGCCUUGGACAUCCUGCAUAGGGAGGUACCCAGAGCCCUGGUCAACCUCGUGGACUUCAUGAACCCCAGUAUCAUUCGGCAAGUGUUCCUGAAGAAUCCUGACAAGUGCCCAGUACAUCAGGCCAGUGUUCUCUGCAACUGUGUUCUGACCCCCGGAGAGAAUUCCCCAGAGCUGGCCAGGUUGGAGGCCUUCACCAAGUCCUACCAGAGUAGCAUGCUCCAGCUGGUUGAGUCGGGCCGCUACGAUACCCGGGAGGACUUUACUGUGGUAUUGCAGCCCCUUUUCCUCAACGCCAGGCUCCCCAUCCUGGAGGAUGGUCAUCCAGAUGCCUCCUUCUUUGCCCCAGACUGCAUCCUUCCUAACCAGAAAUUCCACUCCCAGCUCUCGAGAGCCCUUUGGGCCAAUAUGCUUGAACCUCUGGGAAAGAAAACUGAUACGUUGGACCUGCGAGCAUUCAUAGCCAUGGCCUGUCCAACCCAGGAUGAACCCUUCCUGAGAACCUUCCGGAACAGUGACUACAUGUACCCAACCAAGCCAGCCAUUCAGAACUGGGGCAGUGACUUCCUGUGCACAGAGCGGAAUCCUUCCAGCAGCGUGCCCAGCUCAGUCCAUGAGCUCCGACCAGCAGACAUCAAGGUGGUGGCAGCACUAGGUGACUCUGUGACUACAGCCUUGGGAGCUCGACCAAGUGAGUCCAGCAAUCUAACCACCCCCUGGAGGGGACUGUCGUGGAGCAUUGGAGGAGAUGGAACAUUGGAGACCCAUACCACACUGCCCAACAUACUGAAGAAGUUCAACCCUUCCAUCCUUGGAUUCUCUACCGGUACCUUGGAAGAGACGGCAGGAUUAAACGUGGCCCAAGAAGGGGCCAGAGCUCAGGACAUGCCGGCCCAGGCCCAGGCUCUGGUGGAGAGAAUGAGAAACACACCUACGAUCAACCUAGAGGAAGACUGGAAGCUGGUUACUCUCUUCAUCGGGGUCAAUGACCUGUGUCAUUACUGUGAGAACCCGGAGAACCUCUUGGCCAAUGACUAUGUCAAGCACAUCCAGCAGACCUUGGACAUCUUCUAUAAGGAGCUUCCCAGGGUUUUCAUCAAUGUGGUGGAGGUCAUGGAGCUGGCUGGCCUGCACCAAGAUGGGAAGUGUUCCAUGCCACUGGUAGCUCAGAACUGCAGUUGCUUUAAACACACUCAAAGUCCCAUGGCCAUGCAGGAGCUGAAGAGGGUGAACUGGAACCUCCAGAGUGGCAUCUCCGGGCUCUCCUACGGGCAGCAGUACAUGCAGCGUGAGGACUUUGCAGUCGUCGUGCAGCCUUUCUUCCGGCAAACUCUCAUCCCACUGAAUGAGCAAGGGGGCAUGGACCUCACCUUCUUCUCUGAAGACUGUCUCCACUUCUCAGAACGAGGGCAUGCUGAGAUGGCCAUUGGCCUCUGGAACAACAUGCUGGAACCAGUAGGCCAUAAGACAACCUCCAAUAACUUCACAUACAGCCGAACCAAACUCAAGUGUCCUUCGCCUGAAAGCCCUCUCCUCUACACCCUUCGGAAUACUCAGCUUCUCCCAGACCAGGUGGCUGAAGUGUCCUCCAAGGUGCUGUACUGGGCAGUGCCAGUGGCGGCAAUAAGUGGACUGGUGGUUGGCAUCCUUGGAGUGAUGCUGUGGAGAGCCCGAAGACGCUCCUGAAAGGAAGU